AUGUUGGGUUCUCUCUUACUUCUUGCCCCCUUGGCCGGGGCUGUCGUGAUUGGGUCACGAGCAGAUACCCAGCGGUGCCCGGGAUACAAGGCAUCCAAUGUCCAGGAAAAUGAUCGGUCUUUGACGGCCGACUUGACCCUCGCAGGAAAACCCUGCAACACCUACGGCACAGACCUGCAACACCUCAAGCUCUUGGUAGAGUACCAAACCGAUGAGCGUCUUCAUGUUAAGAUAUACGAUGCCGAAGAAUGUGUAUACCAGGUGCCUGAGAAGGUGGUCCCUCGUGUAGACAGCGGCGAUGGUUCUAGUAAAGAGUCCGCACUGAGGUUUGAGUACGAGGAAGAGCCCUUUUCGUUUACCGUUAAAAGAGACGAGGAAGUAUUGUUCGACAGCUCUGCGGAGAACCUUAUCUUUCAGUCGCAAUAUCUGAAGCUUCGUACCUGGCUCCCGGAGAACCCACAUUUAUAUGGUCUUGGAGAGCAUAGCGACUCCUUACGUCUUUCCACGACCAACUACACCCGUACCUUCUGGAAUCGUGACGCCUAUGGCACUCCUGAACAUAGUAAUCUGUACGGCACUCAUCCUGUGUACUAUGACCAUCGCGGUGAAUCCGGCACUCACGGUGUUUUCUUGCUGAACUCUAACGGGAUGGACGUUUUUAUCGAUAAGACGGCAGAGGGGAAACAAUAUCUUGAGUAUAACGCUCUGGGAGGCGUUUUGGACUUUUACUUCUUCACUGGCUCGAAUCCAAAAGAGGCCAGUAUAGAGUACUCUAAGAUUGUCGGCCUUCCUGCUAUGCAGAGCUACUGGACUUUUGGGUUGCAUCAAUGCCGAUACGGCUACCGUGACGUCUAUCAGGUUGCGGAGGUAGUCUAUAACUAUAGCAAGGCAGGCAUCCCCCUAGAGACCAUGUGGACAGACAUCGACUACAUGGACCGAAGGAGAGUUUUCUCUCUUGACCCAGACCGCUUCUCCCUAGAAAAGAUGCGUGAGCUGGUAGGUUACCUUCAUGACCAUGAUCAGCACUACAUUGUUAUGGUUGACCCUGCUGUUAGCGUGAGCGACAACGGGGCCUUCAACAGGGGACUCGAGCAGGGUGUCUUCCUGAAGACUCAGAAUGGCAAUUUAUACAAAGGCGCCGUGUGGCCUGGUGUGACUGCUUAUCCAGAUUGGUUUCACCCUGACAUUCAAGACUACUGGAACUCUGAAUUCAGUACCUUCUUCAACGCAGAGACCGGUGUCGACAUUGAUGGCCUGUGGAUCGACAUGAACGAAGCCUCUAACUUCUGCCCAGACCCCUGUACUGAUCCAGAAAAAUAUUCCGCUGAGAACAAUCUUCCACCUGCACCGCCACCCGUCCGGCCAAGCAGCCCUCGUCCGUUACCUGGUUUUCCUGCUGACUUCCAGCCUUCCUCUACCAGCCGUUCCCAGAAGAGGAUCUUCAAGGCAAAGAGUGGACUUGAGGGCCGCGAUCUACUCAAUCCACCUUACAAGAUCCGAAACGAGGCCGGGUCCCUUAGCAACAAGACCAUCAACACUGGAAUCAUUCAUGCCGGAGAAGGAUAUGCAGAAUAUGAUACGCACAACUUAUAUGGAACGAUGAUGAGCUCCAGUUCUCGCGAAGCUAUGCAGCAUCGUCGCCCAGACGUGAGGCCUCUAGUUAUUACCCGCAGCACUUACGCCGGUGCAGGACGAGACGUUGGACACUGGCUCGGUGACAAUUUUAGCAAGUGGGAACACUACCGGAUUAGCAUCGCUCAGGGGCUUGCUUUUGCAUCAAUGUUCCAGGUUCCUAUGGUUGGGGCUGACGUUUGUGGGUUCGCUGGUAACACGACUGAGGAGCUUUGCGCUCGCUGGGCCUCUCUGGGAGCAUUCUUUACUUUCUACCGCAACCAUAAUGAGAUCGGUAACAUUGGGCAGGAGUUCUACAACUGGCCCACAGUAGCGGAGUCCGCUCGCAAGGCUAUUGAAAUCCGGUACCGGCUUCUCGAUUACAUCUACACCUCGUUCUACAAACAGUCACAGACCGGCGAGCCAUUCUUGCAGCCGAUGUUCUACUUGUACCCCGAGGACGAGAAUACUUUCUCCAUAGACUUGCAGUUCUUCUACGGUGACGCCCUUCUCGUCAGCCCGGUCCCCGACAAGGGCCUUACCUCGGUUGAUGCCUACCUCCCCGAUGAUAUCUUCUACGACUGGUACACAGGCGCCCCCGUGCGCGGCCAUGGCGCAAAUGUAACUCUCAGCAAUAUCGACAUCACCCACAUUCCCUUACACAUCCGUGGAGGCAGCAUUAUCCCCAUCCGGUCUUCAAGUGCCAUGACCACGACUGAGCUUCGUGAGAAGAGCUUCCAGCUCAUCAUCGCACCGGGGCUGGACGGCACUGCGUCUGGUAGCCUGUACUUGGAUGACGGUGACUCCUUGGAACAAAAGGCCACUCUGGAAGUCGAAUUUGAGUACCGCAGAGGUGUGCUUUGUAUCGACGGGAAGUUUGAACUUCACACCAGCUUGCUAGAGUCGGUCACCCUCCUGGGACAUGGUAAAGGUGGAUCUCAGACUCGCCGUGAGGAUGAUGCCAAGAAAACGUUCCAGACAAACCUGGAGCUUUCGGAGCCAACGGAGAUCAAGCUGGAAUGA